AUGGCUGCUACUACGAAUGCGAAUACAUACAAAUUAAACCACACGAUGAUUCGUGUGAAGGACUUGGAAAAGAGUCUCAAGUUUUAUACAGAAGUGUUUGGUAUGAAGUUGAUUGACCAGUGGGUUUUUGAAGAAAAUCAGUUUUCGCUUUCUUUUUUGGCUUUUGACGGAGCCUCUGCUCUUCAUCACGGUGUGGAGCGUUCCAAACGUGAAGGAAUCUUGGAACUUACCCAUAACUUUGGCACAGAAAAGGAAGAAGGACCUAUUUAUGUUAAUGGAAACAAUGACCCUCACCGUGGAUUUGGUCAUAUCUGCUUUUCCGUUGACAACAUUGAAUCCGCCUGUGCAUAUCUCGAAUCCAAGGACGUUGCAUUCAAGAAGAAGCUCAGUGAUGGCAAGAUGAAGAGCAUUGCUUUUGCUCUUGAUCCCGACAAUUACUGGAUUGAAUUGAUUUCUCAAGACGAAAAACAAGCAAAGGCUCACACUGAAAGUUUCCGUUUCAAUCAUACAAUGGUUCGCGUGAAGGAUCCUCAGACCAGUCUUGCUUUCUACGAAAAGCUCGGUAUGAAACUCAUUGACAAGUCUGAUCAUCCCAAUGGAGAAUUCACUCUUUAUUUCUUAGCUUAUCCUUCAAACCAGACUCGUCAUAACCGUGAAGGUAUCCUAGAGUUGACUCACAACUGGGGCACUGAGAAGCAAGAAGGUGCUGUUUAUCAUAAUGGCAACGACGGUGAUACAAAGGGAUAUGGCCACAUCUGUAUUUCUGUAGACAAUAUCCAAGCUGCCUGUGCUGAAUUUGAGAACAAGGGUUUGUCUUUUAAAAAGAAAUUGACCGACGGCAGAAUGAAGGAUAUUGCCUUCCUUCUUGACCCUGACAACUACUGGGUUGAGGUGAUUGAACAAAAGUAG